AAGUGGGUGCAGCAGCAGACACGUGGCGGAGGGUUCGUUUCUUCGAACACGAUCGCGCAUGCCCAUCAUCUGUCGCAGUGAUCACCACGCCGACGCACUAAAUAAGGAGGCAUUGAUGAGUGCCGUAGCGGCAUUUCGAGCCGCCAUCCCCGCCCCCCUCCUCUCCCUCCCUGCCGCCUCCUGUCGCUCGCCUUCUUGCCGUCUCCUUAUUCGCGGUGGUACUCCGUCCCCCGUCUUCCCUGCUCUUCAUCUUGUUCUCCGUCGAUGGCGACGCCUCCGCCGCCCUCAUGCGUCUCCGCUUCUUUGGAGAAGCAGUUCGAAGACUUUCGUGUCCAACUCGACGAGACAGCGAGCGUUCGGGAGCGAAUCAGAGCCGUGGUGAUGGAGAUGGCGGCCACCGUCCGGCUCAUGAACGCCCGUCUUCUUUUGGUCCACCACUCCCUCCCCAACCCAGACGUCCUGGAGAAGGCUAGGGCUCAGGCAGGGGUGCUGAAGGGGCUUUUCGGUAGGCUUGCCGAAAUCCUUCGUGAAUGUCCUGGACAGUAUUACAGAUUCCAUGGAGACUGGAGGUGUGAGACUCAGACGGCAGUUUCAUUGAUAGAGUUUCUGCAUUGGUUGGAUACAGGCAGUCUUCUUAUGCAUCCUGAAGCUGAAAAGAUUCUAGGAUUGGAUCCUUCAGAAUUUGGAUUGGACAUUGAAGAUUACCUUAUUGGAUUGUGUUUCAUGUCGAAUGAGUUGCCAAGAUAUGCUGUGAAUCAAGUCACUGCUGGGGAUUAUGAUUGCCCAAGGAAGGUGCUCAAGUUCUUAACUGAUCUCCAUGCAUCUUUUCGGAUGCUUAACCUACGGAAUGACUUCUUGCGCAAAAAGUUCGAUGGGAUGAAAUAUGACUUGAGAAGAGUUGAAGAGGUGUACUAUGAUGUGAAGAUUAGAGGUCUCGGAUCUGGGGAUUCUGACACACGAAGAGGCCGCCAGGUUACAAUGAAUCAAUAGCCACCCACCCCCAUGUCGUAUGUUUAUUUUUAGCUAUUUGCCAAGAUUGAUGUGGCCAGUCAUUUGUCA